CGCAACCUUUUAGCCCGUUCAGGCAGAUCGAACGCCGAACGCGUGACCGUUCCCCCGGCCACGGCGCCCGCCCCGUUGCUCCACCGUCGCCCGACCGCCCGGCCGGCGUUUCGCCGGUCCUACGAUCCUCCCUGCCCCUGCCCGUAGGUAGGUGUCAUGUCUCAUCAACACGAUUACGUAAACAUAUAUGCGUAGUGCAGGUCACCGUCGGACUCCUGCUUCGGUUUCCGAUUAGCAUUGGUCAUCGGUGCCUGCCGGUGCAUGCAUAGCCUCGUCUAUAUAAGCCUUCAAACAAAAGGAUUCGUCCAAGUCCAAGGUAGAAGCAAAGGGCGACAGAAGUAACCCCACGAGCUUUGUGUGGCUGGCAAUCUUUGUGUUCGGUGAGGGUUGUUGCCAUGGCCGACCAGCAGGCGCCGCUGCUGCAGACUCCGACGACGGCGGCGGCGAGACGGUUGCCGGACUUCAAGCAGUCGGUGAAGCUCAAGUACGUGAAGCUGGGGUACCACUACCUCAUCACGCACGGCGCGUACCUGCUGCUCGCGCCGCUCCCGGGGCUCGCCGCGGCGCACCUCUCCACCUUCACGCUGGGUGACCUCGCCGAGCUGUGGCACAGCCUCCAGUACAACCUCCUCUGCGUGGUGCUCUGCUCCACGAUGCUGGUGGUCGUCUCCACCGCCUACUUCCUCACGCGCCCGCGCCCCGUCUACCUCGUCGACUUCGCGUGCUACAAGCCCGACGACGAGCGCAAGUGCAGCCGGGCGCGGUUCAUGAACUGCACCGAGUCGCUCGGCACGUUCACGCCGGAGAACGUCGAGUUCCAGCGCAAGAUCAUCGAGCGGUCGGGGCUCGGCGAGGACACGUACCUGCCGGAGGCGGUGCUAAACAUCCCGCCCAACCCGUCCAUGGCCAACGCCAGGAAGGAGGCGGAGAUGGUCAUGUUCGGCGCGCUGGACGAGCUGUUCGCCAAGACCGGCGUGAGGCCCAAGGACGUCGGCAUCCUGGUCGUCAACUGCAGCCUCUUCAACCCGACGCCGUCGCUGUCCGCCAUGGUCGUGAACCACUACAAGCUCAGAGGCAACGUCGUCAGCUACAACCUCGGCGGAAUGGGCUGCAGCGCCGGCCUCAUCUCCAUCGACCUCGCCAAGGACCUGCUGCAGGUGUACCCCAACACGUACGCGGUGGUGAUCAGCAUGGAGAACAUCACGCUCAACUGGUACUUCGGCAACGACCGCUCCAUGCUCGUGUCCAACUGCCUGUUCCGCAUGGGCGGCGCGGCGAUCCUCCUGUCCAACCGCGGCUCGGCACGGCGCCGCUCCAAGUACCAGCUGGUGCACACCGUGCGCACCCACCGCGGCGCCGACGACCGCUGCUUCGGGUGCGUGACGCAGCGCGAGGACGCCGACGGCAAGACCGGCGUGUCGCUGUCCAAGGACCUGAUGGCCGUCGCCGGCGAGGCGCUCAAGACCAACAUCACCACGCUGGGCCCGCUGGUGCUGCCCAUGUCGGAGCAGCUCCUCUUCUUCGCGACGCUCGUCAGCCGCAAGGUGCUGAAGCGCAAGGUGAAGCCGUACAUCCCGGACUUCAAGCUGGCGUUCGAGCACUUCUGCAUCCACGCCGGCGGCCGCGCCGUGCUGGACGAGCUGGAGAAGAACCUGCAGCUGUCGGACUGGCACAUGGAGCCGUCGCGGAUGACGCUGCACCGGUUCGGCAACACGUCGAGCAGCUCGCUGUGGUACGAGCUGGCCUACGCCGAGGCAAAGGGGCGGAUCAAGAAGGGGGACCGGACAUGGCAGAUCGCCUUCGGCUCCGGCUUCAAGUGCAACAGCGCCGUGUGGAGGGCGCUCCGUUCGGUGAACCCGGCCAAGGAGAAGAACUUCACCAAUCCCUGGGCCGGCGAGAUCCACCGCUUCCCGGUGCCCGUCCCCAAGGUGUCGGCGAUAUGAUUUUCAUCCAUUCACGCACGCACGCACUGCCUCUGCUUGCACUGGACACAGUAGCGAUCAGCUUUAGAACUAGCACAGUAGUAGUGGAAAUGUAGGAUGUAUCAGUUGCUUGUGUAUUGAUCUGAUCAUAUUUGAUU